AAUCAUCUUGCAAACUCAGCACUCUUUGCUCCUUUUGUGGAGGAACUGCAAUUCUCCUUUGUGUUCAAAAGGUAGAAGACAACCAUGGCUAGAAACCAGCUUGGAGUUCUCGACGCUCUUGAUGUAGCAAAGACACAGUGGUACCAUUUCACUGCAAUUGUAAUUGCAGGAAUGGGAUUUUUCACCGAUGCUUAUGACUUAUUUAGCAUCUCUCUUAUCACUAAAUUGCUUGGUCGUAUUUACUACCAUGUUGACGGUGCCCCAAAGCCUGGAACAUUGCCUCCUAAUGUAGCGGCUGCCGUUACUAGUACAGCCUUUGUUGGAACUUUAGCUGGUCAGCUUUUCUUUGGCUGGCUUGGUGAUAAAUUAGGUCGAAAAAAGGUUUACGGACUCACCCUGAUGCUCAUGGUGAUCUGUUCAGUUGCUUCUGGUCUUUCCUUUGGGAAGUCUCCGACCGGUGUUAUGACAACACUUUGUUUCUUCAGGUUUUGGCUUGGUUUCGGAAUCGGUGGCGACUAUCCCUUGUCGGCCACCAUCAUGUCCGAAUAUGCAAACAAGAAGACUCGAGGAGCAUUUAUCUCUGCUGUGUUUGCAAUGCAGGGAUUUGGGAUUUUGACAGGUGGGAUCCUUGCACUUAUUUUGUCGUCUUCGUUCGAUCAUGCUUAUAAGGUGCCUCCGUAUUCGGUCGCUGGAAAAGACUCGACUGCACCGGAAGCUGACUAUAUUUGGCGGAUCAUACUCAUGUUUGGAGCAGUUCCUGCGCUUCUAACAUACUACUGGCGUAUGAAGAUGCCCGAAACAGCCCGGUACACGGCCCUCGUCGCAAGAAAUGCGAAACAGGCUGCUUCAGACAUGUCCAAGGUCCUGCAAGUAGAGAUUGAAGCUGAAGAAGAGAAGGUAGAUAAGAUGGGAACUGAUUCAUCGAACUCCUUUGGUCUAUUUACUAGGGAAUUCGCUCGACGCCAUGGACUACACUUACUAGGAACAAGCGUGUGUUGGUUCUUAUUAGACAUUGCCUAUUAUAGCAACAAUCUGUUCCAAAAAGACAUCUUCAGUGCCAUUGGUUGGCUUCCAAAAGCAGAAACCAUGAACGCAAUUCACGAGGUUUAUCGAGUCGCCAGGUCACAAACGAUCAUUGCACUUUGCGGCACGAUCCCUGGAUAUUGGUUUACAGUGGCGUUUAUCGAUUAUAUCGGCAGGUUCACGAUUCAGUUGAUGGGGUUCUUUUUUAUGACCGUGUUCAUGUUUGCUCUUGCAAUCCCUUACGAUCACUGGUUAUCCAACAAUGCCGGGUUCCUCAUCAUGUAUUCAUUGACCUUUUUCUUUGCAAAUUUUGGACCCAAUGCCACCACAUUUGUUGUGCCAGCUGAGAUUUUCCCAGCAAGGAUGAGGUCGACUUGCCAUGGGAUAUCAGCCGCUUCAGGCAAACUCGGGGCCAUAGUCGGCGCGCUCGGGUUCUUGUACGCGGCACAAAGCAAGGAUCCAUCGAAGACUGAUGCAGGUUACCCGCCCGGCAUUGGGGUUAGAAAUUCCUUGUUUCUGCUAGGAGGGAUCAACUGCCUUGGGAUAUUCUUCACAUUUUUGGUUCCUGAAUCUAAGGGAAGAUCAUUGGAAGAACUUACAGGAGAAACCGAAGAGGGUGAUGCUAAUGAUAUGCAGCAGGCUGCUUCAACUCAAACCUUCCCAGUCUGAAUUACUAAAGUUUAAGCAAUGAUUUAUAGAUCAAAAUAUCAUGUAAAAUAGUAGCAUAAAA